CCGAAAUUUCGAGAUAUGGUUCCGCGCUUCCAGCGUCCACGUCACCACCGCGACGGGGCGAUGCUUCGACCGACGACGACCGACGUGCAUGGAGGAGGCCGCCCAUGGAGGACACGCUCAAUGGAGACGGUCAAGCAUGGAGAAGGAGAUGCAGGGAACACGAGGACGAGGAGCUGGAACCACGCCAUGGGUGCGAUCGACGGAGCGACUGCGCAUUGCUGGGCAGUUGGCACCGCCGGAUACGUUGGUGCACCUGGCACGUCGGUUCGCUGGGCGCCCACAUGCGCACCUGUUGCCCAUUGCGGUCGCAAUGACUGCGAGCUAUGGGCGUGACGCCGCCGACGAAGUCUCGCGAAGCCGGUGCUGGCCAUCGCAGAGUGCGCUCCAUUGUGCAGGUACUAGACCGAUCCUCCUCUGCGGCCACGAGGUCCUUGGAACCGGUACGAGACCGUCAGCGACUGCCACGGAAUGGAUCCUAGCCAUCUCCUUCCACGUCUCUUCCUCGCCUCGGCGUCCAUGUCGAUGACAGCAUCCCCGUCGUCGUCCUGCCCCGGCACGCGCAUGUGACCAUCGCAUCUUCGAGGACCUGUAGCAUCGAGGAAAGGUCGACCGUUUCGCACGCUACAAAUGUCAAGUGCUUUUGGCCAGCGAUAAUUUGGCCGUGCCGAACCCACCGAGCUCGACCAAUCCGGAGCAGGUGCAUACUCUGGCCGAGUGUACGGUAUCGUGGUCGGAGUGCAGAUCGAUCGAUGGUCUGGCUGCGCCUCCUCGUCGCCGGCGCCGCGACCGCCGUCGCCCACCACACGCUGCAUUUGACGCGGCGCCUCGUCGUCAGCAGCAAUGCGUCGUCGGUCGCAAGCGUCCCGCUCGAAAACUAUGGCAACGUGCAGUACGUCGGCGAGCUCGCGUUCGGGUCGCCGCAGCAGAACCUCAGCGUCGUCUUCGACACGGGCAGCAGCGAUACGUGGGUGCCGAGCAUUGAUUGCACGACCUGCGGCGUCCACGCCGCCUUUGACGCGGGCCUCUCGAGCACGUACCACAGCGCCAACGAACAAUUUAUGGACGCGUAUGGCAGCGGCGCCGUGCGUGGCGUCAUUGGCGUCGACACGAUCGGCCUCGGCCCGUUCACAAUCCCCAAGGCGCGCUUUGGCGUCGUGACGUCCGAAACCAAAGCCCUCGAGCUGUUCAUUGCCGACGGUCUCGUGGGCUUGGCGUUCGAGAGUCUCGCCAAGAUCACACGCCCGACGCUCUUCUCGCAGCUCAUCCAGGACAACCCGAAGCUGGGCAACAUGUUUGCCUUUUACAUGACGCCCGACCCAACGACACUCGGCUCACAGCUGCACCUGGGCGGCUACGACCUCUCGGUCGUGGGGCCGAAUGCGAGCUGGCACUAUACGCCUGUGGUCAAACUCCCAGACUUUGACACGUUCACGUACUGGGCCGUCAAGAUGAAUGGCUUUGCGGUCGGGAACGCCACCACCAACUACUGCGCGCCGUUCUGCUUCGCCAUUGUCGACACGGGCACGUCACUCAUUAGCAUUCCGGGCACACAGUUUGAUGAUGUUGUGGCGACCAUCACGGCCGGCCUCAACUGCGACGGCGUCAUGUGCUAUGACGUGGCGCUCGCAAGUUUUCCAGCGCUGCGCUUUGGGAUGGCACCCGACAACGUCUUUGAGCUGCAACCAAACGACUACGUGGCAUGCAUGGACAAUGGCGCGUGCCGGCUCCAGCUUCAAAAUUCCGGCGACGAAGCGUGGUGGGUCCUCGGUGAUGUAUUUAUGAAGACGUACUACACACUCUUCGACGCGGGCAACAUGCGCGUCGGCUUUGCGUGCAACGACGGCGUCUGCAAGGGCGGGACCGGGCACAUCCACGGCGAAGACGACGACCGGACGUUCCUCAUUUGGGAACACAUAUUCCUGUACGGCUCGAUCUUUGCGGCGGCGACGCUCCUCCUCCUUGUGUUUUACAUGCACCAGCACAACGAGCCGUCAUUGUCGCCGGCCGUGCAUCUCCCAGCGACCAAGACGCACGCGAUUCCAAUCGUGCUGGCGGUCGAGCCGAUCGACUCGGCGUCGCCGCUGCUGACGACCGAACGUCCGCUCGUCACGUCGUAUGCGGAAGCGCGGCGCAACUACACGUCGCUGCCCGACUCGAAGGUCUAGAGUCCACGCUACGUCGAGAUUUAUAAAAGUAAUUAUCGAGUUACGGCGCAAGCGGAGGCACGUCGUCGUCCUCUUCGUCGCUGCUCACGUCGAGGAGGUUGAUCUCGUUGGCCAGCGCGGCUGCACAGUCCUCG